AUGCGACCACAAAAGGUGAACCAAGAUGCUCUCUUUCAUGCCACCUUGGCGACCAGCAACAACCGCCUUUACACCUGUGUGGGGGUACUCGAUGGACACGGCCUCAAAGGUCAUAUCGUGUCCCAAUUUUUGGCGCAACAACUGCCGUACCAUCUGCAAUCCCAUUUGCAAGACUUGUUGGGAGAAACUCUGACAAUAGUACAAACCCCAACAGGCUCGGAUUUUGACACUACUGCGACAACACCAAUAGAUUACACCGAAUUGGAAGCCAAAUUGAAAGCGCAGAGUGGAUUGUCCCAACAAGAACUGCUCUACCACGAAACAGAACCAAUACAUCAUCAAGCCAUGAUUCGGGCCUUUCACAGCGUUCAUUGGGCUGCCACGCAAGACACGCAAGUUCCUGCUGGUCGCAAUGGGGCUACCUGUGUCACGAUUCUUUGGGAUCAUCAAGACAACAUGAUGCACGUAGCUCAUGUCGGAGAUUCUCGUGUGAUUCAGGUUAUGAAUGAUAACAGCAACAAUUCGCAACACUCCGUAGAGCCACUGUCUGUAGAGACAACUGUCAAGGUUGACACCGAGAGAGAACGAAUCGAAGCGGGAGAAGGAUCCAUUCGAGGGACUAAUGUCUUUUAUGGACCCGUUGGAAUUGCCAUGACACGGUCCUUGGGAAACGCCGUCAUGUUGAGGGCAGGCGUCGUUCCAACUCCCAUUGUCAAGACAUUUCCAGCACCAACAAUCAGCAACAGUAAUAGUUUCCUAGUGUUGGCUACCGAUGGGAUUUGGGACGUUUUGCCCAAUGAUGCCGUCGCUCGGUUGGUACUGGAACACUCCCAAAACAUGCAGCAUGCCUGUAAAUCGCUCGCCGCAGAGGCCAGGCGAAAAUGGGUAGGAGACCUGCCCAUUGUAGAUGAAGAGAAAGUGGAUGACAUUACUUGCGUGGUGAUUCGACCUGUAUAA